AUGAUUUGUCAGAUCUCGAGUUACGAAUUGGAUAGAAGAAUUGACGAAGACUCGCGCCCUAUGCCGUUUGCUCAGCUUUUCCAUCUUACACCAGACUGUCUGCUUUCUAGAAAGUUUUUGAGAGGCAGCAAAAUAGGAAAACCUCAAGCUGUGAUUGAGCCCGCUCCCGCAAAAAUGUUUGAUGUUCAUCCAUUGCAUGAAUAUGCACAGACAUACUUUAACCUUACGCUUCCGCGCGUUUCAAUUUUCCACAAACCUGUUAACAUUGAUUUGAAGAAGCGCCUGGAAUGGGAAAAUACUAUCAUCUCGACUCCCUUGACACGUCUUUCGAAAGAUCAAGUUGAAGUCGCAAUUCAAGCCUUCCGCAACGUUUCCGGCUUUAUGGGGAACCGAGCAAGUGGCAAAAGUCAGAUUGACCACUGCUUUAAGCUUCUACGCAAUGUCGUUCACCGAUCCCCCGCACUGAAGGACGAAAUUUACUGCCAGCUCUGCAAACAACUCACUUGCAACCCCAGUACCAACGCUAUUUUGAACGGGUGGUUGCUUUUAAACGCGUGUCUCGUGACAUUUCCACCGUCUCCACCAUUGACUAGAAGUCUGGAAAAAUUUAUAAUCGCUCAUACGCGUGCAGAUGGCAACUCCAAGUUUUACUCCGAAAUGAUAGCGUACGCCCAAGAAGCACUCGUGUCUUUAGCAUGUAGUGCGACUCAAGGCGAGCGCAAAGAAAUACCAAGCGUUGCAGAGUUGAAAGCACUUCAACGACAUGUUCCUAACGACAUCACCGUAAUGCUUGCAGACGGAUCAAGCCUAAUAAUGCAGGUUAGUGCAUGGACAACAAGCCAGGAGCUUGCUAGUCUUGUUGCGCACAAAUUAGGUGUGUGUCACGAAAAAGCUUUCGCUCUCUUCGAGACAAAUAAAGAAGAGCAAGAAUUUAUUGUACCCGACGAUGAGCGUGUCUUGGAUCUAUUCGCUGAAUGGGAGCGCACUUACAUUGAUGCAAACGAGGUCGAGAAAAAGGAAAAGAGUAGCGGUAGCUUAAAUAGCAUAUCAGAAAAAAUCGCGACUCAACCUGCUAUAGAAGGGUACCACCUCGUGUAUAAGGCCUAUCUGUGGGUACAUGUGGAGGAUGAAACUGCAGCUGAUGUGGACCUUUACUACUUACAAGCCGUGCAAAAUGUACUCAGCGGAAACUAUAUAUGUGAUCUUGACGUUGCUGUGGAACUUUCAAGUUACCAGUUGUAUUGUACAUUUGGCAGCAUCUCGGAUUUAGCGCUAAGCAAUCUGGUAGACGACGUUCAUCGAUACAUCCCUAAUUCACUACUUAGUGCAUCAAAUCGCGUUGCUAUUGCCAAGCUGGUGGUUGCAAGCUACAAUACUCUGGUGAAUAGUCGAUAUGUUCAGUCCGUGCAACAGGCUCGGCAGGCGUAUCUACGUCUUUGUAAACACCAGCCAUUUUAUGGCCUUACACUUUAUCAAGUGCGAAAUUCGCACCGUAUCACAAAUUUUCCACUUCGUAUCAUUCUUACGAUAAAUGACGUGGGUGUCGGUAUUCUAGGUGCUGACAGUGAUGAAAUCUUACAACUAUUUCCUUAUACGAAUAUUGCGAGUUGGGGCUACAGCGCUAACUCGUUUGUGUUUAAAGUGGUGAGCAAAGAUUUAGAGACCGAGUACUCGUUUAAAACCACUCAGGGCAAAAGCAUUAAUGACAACGUGGCCGCCUUAAAGCUUCGCAUUGUAAAAAGAAAAUUUAGCGUUCAACUUAUGAUGUUAACAUCAAAGGUGACUGACUAUCUGAUCAGUAAAUUUUUUGGCUUCGUAAUGUUGCGCCAUCCUAGAUCGUACAAAGUAGGAGGUAUCAAGUAA